GGUUACCACGGAGACACGUCCAAGACAUUUUAUUGCGGCAACGUCUCUACAGCUGCCAAGAAACUAGUAGAGGUGACAGAGGAAGCGUUGAAUGCAGCCAUUGCAGUCUGUGGGCCCGACGCCGAGUUCAAGAAGAUCGGCCACGCCAUUCACGCCAUGGCAGACAAGCACAGCUACGGGGUGGUAAGGAAGUUCAUCGGCCAUGGUGUUGGCUCCGUCUUCCAUGCCGGCCCUGCUGUGCUGCACUAUCGCAACAACGAGCCAGGGCGCAUGCAAGUGGGGCAGACAUUCACCAUCGAGCCCAUGUUCACGAUGGGGGGGGUGCGGGAUGUGAUGUGGGACGAUGGGUGGACGGCCGUCACUGCGGAUGGCACCUUGACAGCCCAGUUUGAACACACUCUGCUUAUAACGGAGACAGGAGUGGAGGUGCUCACAAGGUGA